UGUUUGAUGACGUGUUUCAGGUGGAAGCUGUUAACUGUAUCCCGGUGAAUACAACCUGUGUCAAUCCGAAACAUCCGAGUUUUAUAAAUUCAAAAAAAUUUCCAACAUGUUACGAUCAACGUUGAUCGUGAUUUUGACAAUAUUCUCGAGCUGCGCAGCUUCUCCUCUCGAGGCUGUGAGCGAUGACGAACUCUUAAAUCUCAUCAGAACCGAGAAACACGUCGUAGUUUAUUUCACGAAAAAAGACUGCGAGCAAUGCGAUACUAUCGAAAACGAGCUGGUCCAUCUGAGGGAAGAUUUGGUAGAUUCGUUGGGAGCAUGGGUCGUCAAAGCGAUAAGCAGUCAAAUGGUGCGUCUCUACAGUCCGAACAAGGAACCGGCGCUGGUAUUCUUUAGGCAAGGAAUACCAUUACUGUACGACGGAUUAUUGACGAAAUUCGAUGACGAAAAACUGCUACAAACUUUUACCGACAAUAAGGAACCCGUCGUCAAGGAGCUGACCGAUGAUACUUUCGAACAUUUGACUCAAGCUAGCAGCGGCGCAACCACGGGCGAUUGGCUCGUUAUGUUCUACAGUACAGACUGCGUGGAUUGCCAAAGGCUGGGUGCAGUUUGGGAAGCGGUGGGAGCCGAGUUGAAGCAAAGACUUAAUGUGGCACGUGUAAACAAACAAACGACCGGCGCAUCGACUGGUAGAAGAUUCAAUGUGUUUGAAGUUCCUACGUUCAUCCUAUUCAGACAAGGUAAAAUGUAUCGUUAUCACAUUCCCAAGUACGAUGUAAAGUCUUUCGUCUCCUUUGCAAAAGACUGGUGGAAAAAUUCUCAUGGUGAACGAGUUCCAGUCCCGCAAAGUCCUUUUGACGACUUUACGCUUUUGAUUGCAAAUUUCUUGCGCGAAAAUCCGUGGGUAAUGAAGCUCGGCAGUAUAACGUUGGGUGUUGUGGUUAUUGUUUCCGUAGCAUCGAAACUAAGACGCAAGUCCGAAGUUCCUACAAAGAAAGGAAAGUGAAACUGUCUCAGAGACUCUACUUUGCAAAACGGACAUGUAUAUAUGUACACUUGAAUAACGCAGCGUUGAAUUAUCAUUCGCAUUACGCAACUACGAGCUAUUCGAUAUAUAAGACAGGGUUAUUAUUUAAUACCCCACGAAUCUUUGAAUUAGAUUGAAAAAUUUGAUGAUAUGAAACAGGUAUUGUACAUUGUGUCUAUUGUCAAAAACUAUCAUUUUUCUACGUGUGCUACUGCAAUAAAUAUUUUAUUUAUAAAUA